CUACACCCAGACACCGUUUUCGGCUCGCGAUUUCCCGAUGGCGCGGCCGAGGACGUCCCUCAGGAGUGUCGUGGCUUAGUCGCGCGGGAACUCGGGACGCGCCACUGACUUUUCUUCCUUCACAUUAACGCGGCUGCCAUGAGGAAUACGAAGGAUGAGAGGACGACGAGCAGGGCGAAUCAUGAGAGGAACGGCCCGGAGAAUAAGAAGCUACUUGAGACGCCGACGGGCCCGAGGACGACCUCGGGGGUGACCUUGAAUCCAGCGUCGGCGGCGCGCGCCCUCGACGAUGUCUUCCGCCAGCUGCCCAUAACCGAGGAGACGUCGUGCGGUAUCUGGUGCUUUCGCGGUCCGAAUCUCCAGAGGUUUGCUAACAAGAAGGCCUACGUAUUCCUUUACGGGGUCCUCGGUUGCAUAUUCUCGGCGAGCUAUGCCUACUUCAACGGCACCAUUACCACCAUCGAGAAGAGAUUCAAGAUUCCCUCGAAAACGACAGGGGUCAUAACGGUAGGCAACGACAUAUCCCAGCUACUAGUGUCAGUGGUACUCUCGUAUUACGCAGGCAAAGGCCACAGGCCAAGAUGGAUCGCAGUCGGCAUUUAUACGGUUGUGCUUUUCUGCUGUCUGACGAUGCUCCCGCACUUCCUCUACGGCCCCGGAGAGGACGCGCUCAUCCUGACCAAGGAAUACGGGGCGAAGUUACAGACGGCAGCGGGCAACACCAGCUCGAAUGCGGUAUUCGAGAAGCAGCGGAAGUUCCUCUGCCUGAAUCGUACGAAUCACGAGCACUGCGAGGAGGCCGACGGCAACUUCGCGCCCCAGGCCCUCCUCUUCGUCGCCCAGCUUGUCUCCGGUAUCGGUGGCUCUCUCUAUUACACCCUCGGCGUCUCCUACAUGGACGACAACAUUCAAAAAUCCAAGACCCCGGCGCUUAUUAGUUUCUCGUACUUCUUGCGGAUGCUGGGACCGGCGAUCGGUUACGGGCUUGCCUCCUUCGCCCUCAAGUUCUACAUCAGUCCGAGUCUCACGCCCACGAUUACGAUGCAAGACCCGAGGUGGCUCGGCGCUUGGUGGCUCGGGUGGAUAAUCCUGGCCAUACUCCUCUUCGUAUUCGCGAGUAUACUCGCCCUCUUCCCGAAGACGCUGCCGCGCGCAGCCGCCCGCAAGGUCUUGGCCCUCGAGCGCAAUAAGUCAGCAACGAAUAUAAAGGACGCGCCCCAGGAGCCCGAACUGCCGGCUUCCCUCAAAGACAUGAUGAGCACCUUCAAGCGGCUACUGACCAACACGACCCUCAUGUGCAACAACCUCGCCGCGGUAUUCUACUUCAUGGGCUACAUGCCCUACUGGAUCUUCAUGCCUAAGUAUAUCGAGACGCAGUACAAGCAGUCGGCCUCGGUCUCCUCCCUCAUCACCGGCACCGUCGGCCUCGUCUUCAGCGCCUUCGGCAUCCUCCUCUCCGGCCUCGUCAUUUCCAAGUACAAGCCCAAGGCGCGCUACCUCGCCGCUUGGAACGUCAUGGUCGGCGCUGUCUCGCUCCUCGGCAUGAUAUCCUACGCGUUCCUCGGCUGCCCGGCCAAUGACAAUCAAAUCGCCGUCACCAGUGACGGCUCCCUCGAGACUCUGCUGCCCUGUAACGAGCACUGCCACUGCGACUACGUCACCUACAAUCCAGUCUGCUCGGAAACUGGACGCACCUUCAUAUCGGCUUGCCAUGCCGGCUGUAAAACCGUCAAGGUGGAUGAUAGCGGAAAGAAAAUCUAUACCGACUGUAGUUGCGUGAAAUCGAAUCCAUCGGAAGUUUUUGCUCAGUACUCGAUGAACGAAAGCGUGCAGAGCGCCUUCACGACACCGCCGAUUGAUUUCAACGUUGGUGCACAAGUUCCUUACAAUCUGGGUUCCGCCGUUCCCGGGGCCUGUUCUAUAGACUGCUUGGAUAAGUUCUAUAUCUUCCUCACGGUUGUCUGUUUACUGAAGUUCAGCGGUGCAACUGGAAGAGCUUCGAAUUUCCUCGUAUCCGUCAGAUGUGUCGACGAGAAGGACAAAACGGUAGCCAUGGGCUUUGGUUUAACGAUCAUGAGUCUUUUCGCAUUCAUACCAUCGCCCAUUCUUUUUGGAUUCAUACUUGAUAAGACUUGCCUUGUAUGGGGAAAGACAUGUUCCGGAACAGGCAAUUGUUGGCUAUACAAUGGCGAGACCUUAAGAUAUCUCAUGAACUUCACAGCAGCUAGCUUUGUUACUGUGGGUACGUUAUUUGAUGUUGGUGUAUGGUAUUACGUAAAAGAUGUAAAGAUCUUUGAUGAAGAAGUUGAAUUGGAAGAUAUUGCGGAAGAGCCCGGUGAUAUAUGAAGAUACAACGAUCAAGAACAUUGAUAAUCAAUCUUGAACGUUUAAGAAAGUCUAGAAACUUUUGCUUUCACGUACCUUAAGGAGAAUGUUCGUAGCUCCACAGAUGAAAAGAUUUGUUAUUCUAUUUUUUUACUGAAAUGUAUGAUAUUGGAGUUAAAUACCGUUAUAUCUAUUUUUAUAAAAUAUCGCGAUUGACAAAUUAUUGAAAGAACUGAAACUUGUAUAAUAAUUUUAAAAAUCUCAAAUUUCAUUCAAAGUUCUAUAUAAAAUUCGCAAAUUAAUUUAGGGGAUAAGUAAUGUUGAGACUUGUCUGGACAAAAUUCAUUCGAUUACAAAUCUGAAUACAUAUUGAAUUAUAACAUUAUAACAAUUACAAGAUGAA